GGGCGGGCGGGCGGGCUGUGCCGGGAGGCGGGCGGCCGGUGCGGCAGUAUGGCGGGCUCGGGCCCGAAGCGGCGCGCGGCGGCCCCCGCGGCGGCCGAGGAGGAGGAGCGGCAGGCGCGCGAGCGGAUGCUGGCGGCGCGGCGCGCGCAGGGCGCGGAGGCCGAGGGGGUGGCCCUGAAGCGCAACAUCACGCUGCUGAACGGCGUGGCCAUCAUCGUGGGCACCAUCAUCGGCUCGGGCAUCUUCGUGACCCCCACGGGCGUGCUGAAGGAGGCGGGCUCGCCGGGGCUGGCGCUGGUGGUCUGGGCCGUGUGCGGCGUGUUCUCCAUCGUGGGCGCGCUGUGCUACGCCGAGCUCGGCACCACCAUCAGCAAGUCGGGCGGCGACUACGCCUACAUGCUGGAGGUCUACGGCUCGCUGCCCGCCUUCCUCAAGCUCUGGAUCGAGCUGCUCAUCAUCCGGCCCUCCUCGCAGUACAUCGUGGCGCUCGUCUUCGCCACCUACCUGCUCAAGCCGCUCUUCCCCACCUGCCCGGUGCCCGAGGAGGCCGCCAAGCUCGUGGCCUGCCUCUGCGUGCUGCUGCUCACGGCCGUCAACUGUUACAGCGUGAAGGCCGCCACGCGUGUCCAGGACGCCUUUGCCGCUGCCAAGCUGCUGGCGCUGGCCUUGAUCAUCCUGCUGGGCUUCGUGCAGAUCGCGAAGGGUGACAUGGCCAAUCUGGAUCCCAAGUCCUCAUUUGAAGGCACCAAACUGGACGUGGGGAACAUUGUGCUGGCACUGUACAGCGGCCUCUUCGCCUACGGGGGAUGGAAUUACUUGAAUUUUGUCACCGAGGAGAUGAUUAACCCCUACAGAAACCUGCCUCUGGCCAUCAUCAUCUCCCUCCCAAUCGUCACCCUGGUGUACGUGCUGACCAACCUCGCCUACUUCACCACGCUGUCCCCUGAGCAGAUGCUCACAUCGGAGGCCGUGGCCGUGGACUUCGGGAACUUCCACCUGGGUGUCAUGUCCUGGAUCAUCCCCGUCUUCGUGGGCCUGUCCUGCUUCGGCUCCGUCAACGGGUCCCUCUUCACGUCGUCCAGGCUGUUCUUCGUGGGGGCCCGGGAAGGCCACCUGCCCUCCAUCCUCUCCAUGAUCCACCCACGGCUGCUGACGCCCGUGCCCUCGCUCGUGUUCACGUGCAUCAUGACCCUGCUCUACGCCUUCUCCAGAGACAUCUUCUCUGUCAUCAACUUCUUCAGCUUCUUCAACUGGCUCUGCGUGGCCCUGGCCAUCGUCGGGAUGCUCUGGCUCCGCUACCGCAAGCCUGACCUGGAGCGGCCCAUCAAGGUGCACGUGGCCCUCCCGGUGUUCUUCAUUCUGGCCUGCCUGUUCCUCAUCGCCGUCUCCUUCUGGAAGACCCCCGUGGAGUGCGGCAUUGGCUUCACCAUCAUCCUCAGCGGCCUGCCCGUCUACUUCCUCGGGGUCUGCUGGAGAAACAAGCCCAAGUGGCUGCUGCAGGGCAUCUUUUCCACGACGGUCGUUUGCCAGAAGCUCAUGCACGUGGUUCCCCAGGAGACGUAAGCGCCGGGGGGGGGACGCGACGCUGCCAGAAAGAACCCACAGGGGCUUCUGCCCCCCCCCCCCCCCCAGGGCGACCCCGGCCCCAUCCUCCAGGCAGCGCAGCCGGGGGUCCCCGCGGCCUGUCCGCGGGGCGGCGGCCGGGCCGCCGUGGACCUGGUACGAAGCUAGUCCCCGAAGACGGACGUCCGUGGACACCUCUCGCGUGUGGAGGCGGGACGUCGGGCCGAGGAGGCCGCGGGCCCCCUGCCGCAUCCGCCUUCUCCCUCCUCACCUCCAUUUAUUCGUAUUUGUAUAUAUGUUUUUAACUUUAUUUUAUUUUCGUUAGCUGCGCCGGGCAGCAUGUGGGAUCGUAGCUCCCCGACCAGGGAUCACACCCGCACCCCCUGCUUUGGGAGCACCGAGUCUUAACCACUGGACCGCCAGGGAAGUCCCUGUGUUAAGGUUUUUUUAACUUAAAUCUUGGGUCCGGGUCAUGCCACCAAGAUGAUUAUAUUUUAAAGAAACGUGUGUGUGUUGGGGGCGGGGGGGUGUUCUUUUCUCCCCCAAUGCCGCCGUAGCACGAUGUGCCUCAGGGGGACCAGUUCCUGUCGCCAGAUUCCGGCACAUCCCCGAGAACGGGGUGGGGGGGGAUUCUGAGAAUCCCCCAGCAGAGUGCCGGGCUCGGCCUCGCCCUCUGGACAGCCGGCUGGCUCUGGACGGUGGCCUGGACACGUGGGCUCGGCUUUGCCAUUUCUCUGUUGUUGUAGAUGUACUGACUUUGGUGAGAUGGACCCCAGGCUUAGGUCUCGUUGCCUUCAAGACCCGUGCUAGCUCCCUCCCCACCCGCAGAAAAGAGAGGGAACAUCUCAGUGAAAGGCUUGUAGGAGGAAGGGGCUUGGGCUGGCUGAGAGUAGUGCCCGCUGCAGGCUGGGCGACCCCAGACCUCCCCCUGGGAGUGCAGAUCAGGGCCAGGGUGGGGGCUGGACCCUGUCACUCAGAACACCUUUGGGCGCCUGGCUGGACGUCCCUCUGGGGACACGGGGACGCGCAGAGGCAGGGGCUCUGGCCACUGCUGCGGGGGGCGGGGGGCAGCGCUGCCUCAGGCCUGGGUGACGUCGGUUUUGGAGCCAAGCUCUCGUUCUUGAAAACUCCACACUUGAAAUCUUCUGGAGGCACAUGCUGCCGCCCCUCGUGGGCGUCUCCUCCGUGUCCCGCGAGGUAGCCCCCCCCCCGGGCCUCGGGCUGGACGGCAGCCCUGGCAGCUGUCUGGGCCGGCUCUCCGUUCCUGGCCGAGGCGCCGCUGUCCGCUGCCCCGUCACCUGUCCCAGGCUUGAGAGCACCCGGCCCUCAGCGCUCUGACCGCACCUGUUCUGGAGGCCGCCUGACUCCCGGGGGCCUGACUCCCGCUGAGACCACACGGCCCGCCCCCCCUCUCUUCCGGAGAGGCUGUGCUCUGCUCCCGGGCUUUUGUUUCUGUGGUUCCCAUGGUGUUUUCCUCCCGGGAGGCAGGCGAGGCCCAGCCGCUCUCAUGUGCUGUCCCUGUCCCUGGGGCCAGCGCAGGCAGCAGCGUCACCCAAGGUCAGAUCGCCUCCCCCCAGGCCCGUCUUGGGUGCUGGCCGCUCUGCCUUGGCCUCUGACCCCUGACCUUCCCAGCAGGGGGAGGUUGGGCCUCGCCUCGGGCAUUGAGCCUCCCUGCUCAGCUGCAGCCAGGGAAGCUGCUGCUGUUUCCCAGGGGCCAUGUGAGCUCCGAGUGGCCAUUUAGCCACGGCCACCCCUCUGGGCUCUGGGGCCCCACAUGGUCCGACAGGCCCAGAGAGACCUGACAGGUAGCUUGGGGGGCCCAGGCUGGGCACUGAGGCUGAAAAGGAGGCGGUCACAUGUCCGUCUCUCUGUGCUGGUCAGGAGACCCCUGCCAGCCUGUGGCUCCUGACACGUGAGGACCAACGUCCACAGAGGUCUCCUCACCAACAAAGUCCUCCCAGGGCUGUAACCCACGCACCUAGGGGCCCAGCUCCAUGUCUGAAGGCAGACUGUCACCAAGAAAGUCAGAGACCUGAUUUUACACUUUCUUUGUUGGGGCCUCAGUUUCCUCACCUGGAGAUGGGAGCAGUAGCCAGUGCGCCUCCUGCCUGGUGGGACGGCGCAGCGCCUCCCAGGAGUGGCAGCCGGGGUGCAGCCUGGGGGGCUCCACCUGCCACCUUUCCGCGGAGGUGCAGCAGCCUCUGAGCAGGUGGUGGCCUCUUCCCUCCGGAGCGUGGGGGCGGCGCUUAGGACGCCUCGUGGUUCAGACCGCUGGCUCUGGAUGGGACCUGGCGGCAUCCAGGGAGCCAGGUGUCCCUGUCCAGACUCCCAUGGCCCUCCUGCAAUGCCAGGGGAGUGGGGUGGUGCCACGCCCGCAGGAGUGACAGGUCCCAGCCUCCUUUUUUACACUGAAAGGUCAGAGGUGGCUCUUGCCAGCACCUGAAAGCAGGUUGAGGGGCCCAGGGGCCUCCCCCCUUAGAAUGCCAGACAUCCCGGGCUCCUCCGUGCCGGUGUUCUGGGGCAGAGACUCCACUCCUGAACGCACUACUGACAAGUGUUGUGAGCGUUCACCUUUGUGAGUUAAUUUCUUUUUUUUUUAAGCCAGGUUUUGGCAUUACACGCGAGUGUUUGUCCAGCCGCUCUGCCUUGUUUCGUCCUCGCGUCUCACGAGUCUGGUGUGAGAGGUGCUGUGGGCACCGUGUUUAUGUAUGGUGGGGGCGGUGUACAGCCCUGCUGCUCCGCGGGUCCUGGCCGUGUCAGCCGCCCCACCAUGUCGCACAGGGACGUGUGUGUGUGACUUCAUGCCUUUCUCUUCUAGUAGCCGCUAACCUGUUACGCUUGGCUGGUUCGCGAUGGGGAGUUCAGUGUUUCAUGUGGGGGUUUUUUUUUCGUUUGUUUUUAAAGAAUAAUUGGAAUUAUAAGCACC